AGAUACUUAUAUAUGGUAUGCAUCGUACACAAAGAUUCUGACUAUUGAUUUUUUUUUCUCCUCCCCCAAGCAUUACGUUAUACCUUUGGUCAUAGAGUUACCCCUAACGGCUUUACUGAAACCACAUUACGCUAUUAGCAAAGAAUCACAUCUGCACAUUCCGUCUAAUGUCCAACAUCUUAGCAUCCUGGCACUGCCAGAACGAAACCCACUUGGUUGUGGGGAUUUCCAACCUCACCGCUACGCGAGCCCAGAGCAUUCUCAAUUCGGGAGCCACCGCGGUCAUAGUAUCCAACGACCCGUCGCGUACCUUCGAAACCUUGCCUCUUUCCCUCCAGACACUCCUCAGCGACCCUCAACUUCGGUAUGUGAACAAGGCGUUUGAAAUCGCUGAUUUAACAACUCUUGGCCGCGUGGAAGUGGCGCACGUGGUGGACAAAGUGUUUGUCGUCUUAUCGAACGUGCCGGUGGAAAAUAAAGCGUUGAAGCAGUUGGUAUACCAGACGUGUUGCCGAUUGCGAAUUCCCAUCAACACUGCAGACAGCUCUGAACUCUGCUCCUUUACGCUUCUUUCGUCGUACAAGAACGGUGAUUUCCAGAUGGGGGUCACCACAUCCGGUAAAGGCUGUCGCUUGGCCAACCGCAUCAAGCGCGAGUUGAUCAACGCGUUGCCAGGAAACAUUGGCGAUAUCUGCAAUAAGGUUGGAGAGUUGAGGGUGAGUAUUCAACAGGAGGACGCCCGGUCGUUGGAUCUCUUGAAAAAGCAGUACGAGCAGGAUGUAGGCGAGAACGACGACGAUGCGGUGCAAACCAGCCGGUUCAACACGUUCAUCAGCGAAUUUACCAUGUCGGAGAAUGACAGAAGGUUGAGCAGAUCCAGAUGGUUGGCCCAGGUUGUGGAGUACUAUCCGUUGAAGCAGUUGAGUGAAUUGUCGAUUGAGUAUCUCACGGGGGUGUAUCAGAAGACCACCCCGACUGAGGGUGGAGUAUUUGCCCAAACCACUUCGCAAGUUAAAUCUUCCUCUGGUUCCAUCUCCCUUAUUGGCGCUGGACCUGGGUCUCUUUCACUUCUCACACUCGGUGCCUUGAACGCCAUUCACACGGCAGAUCUUGUGCUCGCAGACAAGCUUGUGCCUCAGCAGGUGCUCGACCUCAUUCCGCGCCACACCGAAACCUUCAUUGCCCGUAAGUUCCCCGGUAACGCAGAAGCAGCGCAAAACGAAUUGCUCGAAUUGGGUCUUUCCGCUGCCAAAGCCGGAAAAGCCGUGGUGCGUUUAAAGCAGGGCGAUCCGUAUAUUUUUGGCCGCGGCGGAGAGGAAUACCUCUACUUCCAGCAGAAUGGGUUCACGCCGCAAGUUCUCGCGGGGAUUUCCUCUGCGUUGUCUGCCCAGACGGUUGCUAACAUUCCCGCAACCCAGCGGGACGUAGCUGAUCAGGUUUUGAUAUGCACCGGGACUGGAAGACGCGGAGCCUUGCCAGUUUUGCCCGAUUUUGUGGACACCCGCACCACCGUGUUCCUUAUGUCGUUACAUCGCAUUGUGGAGCUCAUUCCGCAGUUGAUCGACCAGUCGCAUUGGCCAGCUGAUGUUCCUGCUGCAAUCAUCGAGCGUGCCUCUUGUCCUGACCAGCGGGUCACUCGUACCACCUUAAGCGAAGUUGCCAACGCUGUGGAAGCCAUCGGAUCCCGGCCACCAGGUUUGUUGGUGGUGGGGUAUGCGUGUGAAGUAUUGGAGAAGUUGGGCGAGGGCGAGAGGUGGAGAGUUGAUGAGGGCUACGAAGAUGGGUUUGAAAGUGGGAUCCUCGACUUUGUGGGGGGGAUUAAAUAAAGAAUAGGAGAUGCCACAAUAGGCCUGCAUUGGGCUUAGGUAUUUAAU